UGGAGACAUUGUUUGCUGCAAAACUAGGUGUAUAAUUCAAGCGGUGACUACAGCUCGUUGCAAAACCUACGCAUAACCAACUAGUUAGACUGAAAAAGGCUUCAGUUAUCUUCUUUUAACCAUGAUUAAAGCAAGUGGUACAUUUAAGUGGAUGUCUACAAGGUCAUUCUUUACUAACCAAAUGUUUAAUGUGAAAUGACUUGGUGCCCAAGCAGCUGUAUAUAAGUUAUCAUCCUUGAAGUUGUAACAAACGACAAUAAUGGGCAACAUAGCACCUUAUGUUGCUGCGUUUCUUCUAAGACUUAUCUAUGGAGUAGUGAAUAUACUGACCAAAGUUGCUUUUAGCCAAGGAACAAGUACAUCUGUUUUUGUUUUCUACAGGCAUCUGAUAGCUUCUGUGCUCUUACUGCCCAUUGCCUUUGCAUUUGAAAGGAAUACUGCCCCACCGUUGUCACUCAAAGUCGCUCUGAAACUCUUUGUGCACGCAUUAUAUGGGAUGUCUGCUGCUAUGAACAUAUCAUGUGUUGGCCUCGAUUACGCUUCAGCAACAUCUGCUUCUUCAGUAGCAAAUCUUCUGCCGGUUUUAACUUUCUUUUUAGCUGUUCUGUUCGGGAUGGAGUCUUUGAACUUAAGGAGGUUCCAUGGGCUUGUUAAAGUUUCUGGUAUAGCGCUUUGUUCUGUUGGUGUUAUUGUACUUGCGUUAUAUCAGGGACCUGAGCUGAAAUCUUUCAUCCAUCACCUUCUUUAUCAUCACACAAGUCAUGUCGCUACUAAUUCCUCAAGAAAAUGGAUAUUGGGGACUUUCUUGCAGUCUCUUGCAGCUGUAAUGUGGGCGAUUUGGGCAGUACUUCAGGGCUAUUUGUCGGGGGAAUAUCCAUCCAAGCUCUUCAACAUAACUUUACAGAUAGUCUUUGCAACUGCUCAAUCAUUUUUCAUGGCUCUAGUGAUUGAAAGAGAUUUUUCAAGAUGGAAGCUGGGUUUGGAUAUAGGUCUUGUUGCCAUCGUCUACUGUGGUAUAACUUUCGCGAUUUCAUGUUACAUCCAAAUUUGGUUAAUUGCCAAGAGGGGGCCUGUAUUCCUGAACAUGACAGUACCAUUGACUCUGAUGUUUACAAUCACGCUGACAUUUCUCAUGGGAGAAGCAGUCACCCUGGGAAGUGUAAUGAGUGGAGUGCUAAUGGUUGGAGGUCUGUAUAAUGUACUUUGGGGGAAGAGAAUAGAACAAGUAGCUAUGAGCGUACAAGAAGAUGGAGAAACGGCCGCUUGCUCGGAUCUGGAGGAACAAGAGACGGCAGUUCCAGUUCCCACAACACAAGAUUAGAUCAAGCCAGUACCGGAUGUUAAAAGGAAGGCCGAUGUGACAAACAGAAACUUUGUGUGCCCAACAUUUCCAAGAAAAUAGAACUGGAACUAUGUACACAAAAAAAUGUUGGCGUAUAAUACGUUUGUUGUUUCAGGUUUGCUCUGCAGUAAACAUUUAAGAAUUUGUAGAUAUUGCCAGGUUGCUAUUGUAGACUACUGCUAGGUAGCCUAAAUGGUGUAUAAUUCUGACAGUUC